UGCGACUUCUGUUACCCUCCCCUGUCGUAUGUUCAGCUGCUGUCCUGCAUCUUCACCGUGUAUAGAAUUGGUUUUUAGGCUAAGCUUGUAAAUAACAUGACGAAUCUAUACACAUAUAAACAGACAGGACAGACUCUUUCAAAAUACGUUGAGUUAUUGGGAUCCCUAAACGUUAGUCGUCAAAGAAACGGUUGCUAAGAUGUGGAGUCAAUGUCCUGUCAUACUGUUAUUGUUUGCUGUAUUCACGUCACAUAAAACCCAAGCUAUCAAACAUCAAUGGGCAUCAGAAGUUACCAACUUUUCGUCACAGUACAACGCUGGCAGUUAUUCAGCGAAGCAGAUUCUGGGAAAACCCGAUAUGUACCCUCGGUACGGUGGUACAAAAGGAUCGUGGAUACAAGCUACUGGACAACUGAAUGGACACCAGUUCAUAGAGGUGAAAUUUCGUGACAAAGUUUUCCUGACAAAUGUCGUCAUUUACGAAACUGGCAAUGCUGGAAGUGUGAAACGAAUAUUGGCGAAGGAUGUGCAGAACCGGUGGAUUGAAAUCUUUUGGGUUUUACACGCAGUAUUGAUCCAGAAAGCCAGAAAAUUUUCACCGAAAAUUAAAGUUAACUUUCCUGUGAAUGAGCUGAGGAUUGAGGUUGAUUGUUCAGUUUCUCGUUCCUACGUGUAUAUUGAUGCUGUUAAAAUUGUUGGAGAUGAUUGUCCCAGGCAGUUCAAAAAGUAUGGAGAUUCUUGUUAUAUGAUAAAGAAGGACAGAGUUUCUGCAGACAUGGCAUUUGCGAAUUGUCUUGAAACCGGUGGAUAUCUUGCUAACUUUGAAACACUAGAAGAAGCCAUGAGCAUGAAGAAGAUUUUAAAGAAGAUGAAUACAGGUCUCCAUUUCUACGUCGGUGGGAGGAACAUAAACAGGAGGAAACCAGGAGGAGGAGAUUGGAGGUGGAUCAGAAACGGAAAAAUGAUGAAGAUGACGUAUCAUGCGUUUGGUGCCGGACAACCUGACGGAAGUGACAGCUCUCCACAAGACUGCAUGUUCUUUUACGCAGGAGAGCGCUACACAUUUCAUGACGUUUACUGCGAUAAUGGGUCUUAUCUGGGCGGGUAUAUCUGUGAAAUAUGAUUAAAGUUCAACAAAUUG